GUGAUCACACAAAGGCUUUCUCCAUCCUGCCCUUCAUAUGUAGUACAAAGCUAUGGCUACAGGUGAGGUGGGUCUUCUAACCUGUCUUCUGACGCGCCAGCCAAUCAGCGAGGUACUUUCCGCACUUUAACCAAUCAGAUCGCUGACCAGCCCCUACUCGAACCCAAAUACUUUACACAGAAAAAAAACCCAUCAAAGUUUACCUAUAGGUCUAUAAGCAAACAAUAAGAACAUUAAAAGUAGAUUUAACAUGUUCUAAAGAUUUUUGAAACUCAAAAUUACACAUUAAAAUCUUCGAGAAGGACGGGACAGGGUGCUCAGGUGUUUUCUACCUGCUCCUUCAGCCCUUGAGAAAUAGGCUAAUCACCAGAGAGGGAAAAGUCGAUUUACCUGUAGCCCGGGUUCUGGCAUCUCUCACUCACGCUCUGUCUUCUGUUACCUGCACCGACUUGAAAGUCCAGUUCCACAAGGAAGAACCGCGGAGGAAGAGAAAUAUGUCACAGGAGACAGACAGUAAGAGGCUGGUUGUAGUGUUGCCCAAUGAUCCGUCCUUCCACCAGCGUCGGGCCUACACCAGUGAGGAUGAGGCCUGGAGGUCUUACCUGGAGAAUCCUCUUACUGCGGCCACAAAGGCCAUGAUGAGCAUCAAUGGAGAUGAAGACAGUGCUGCCGCCCUUGGGCUCCUCUAUGAGUACUACAAAGUGCCGAAAGAUAGGAGAGUUUUACCCAUCAGCAAAGCGGUUGACAUUUCAGAGGAACCGGAAAAGAGAAACACUACAGUGGGAAACAGCAGUCAAAUGGAGCCGGAGACAGUGGAUAAUCGUGUCCAGGUACUGAAAUCAGUGCCUGUUAAUCUGUCACUCAACACGGAUCACCAAGACACCAAACGGGAACAGUACAGCGUGGCGGCUGGAGAGAGUGGGGCCGCUGCUGUGGUAAAGGCUGAGGUGUACACUCCUGCUUUCAUGGCUCAGGGAGUUCACUACAGGACAGAAGGAGAGGAACAGAUGCGGGUCAUCUGUGAACAGGCCCAAUCGUUCGACACCUCGGCCAUAUGUCAUAGUGGAUAUAGGAAGGAUGACCAUCGUAGUAGUCCAGAUAGCACCUAUGAAGAAGACAGCAAUGAAAAGUACCGCCCAUCAUCGCUUGGAGCUGAUGACUUCAUAUUUGACCAGUCGGAUAUGUUAGACACUUUCCAGUACACAUUAGAGGCCAGCAGGUCAUUGCGGCAGAAGCAGGGUGAGGGGCCUAUGACCUAUCUAAACAAGGGCCAGUUCUACGCUAUUACGCUGAAUGAGACAAGUGCCAAUAAACGCCUCCGACAUCCCAUCAGCAAAGUGAGGAGUGUCAUUAUGGUUGUAUUCAGUGAAGAUAAGAACCGUGAUGAGCAGCUCAAAUACUGGAAAUAUUGGCACUCUCGCCAGCACACUGCAAAGCAGAGGGUUCUGGACAUCGCUGACUACAAAGAGAGCUUCAACACAAUUGGGAAUAUUGAAGAAAUCGCUUACAAUGCUGUGUCCUUUACCUGGGACGUGAAUGAGGAGGCCAAGAUCUUCAUCACGGUGAACUGUCUGAGCACAGAUUUCUCCUCUCAGAAGGGGGUGAAGGGUCUUCCUCUGAUGAUACAGAUAGACACCUACAGCUACAACAACCGCAGUAACAAACCCCUGCACAGAGCCUACUGCCAGAUCAAGGUCUUCUGUGAUAAGGGAGCGGAGAGGAAGAUCAGGGAUGAGGAGAGGAAACAGAACCGCAAGAAGCCAAAAGGAAAGGAUGGAGGCGUUGGAGCGGUUACUCUACCGAAAAAGUGUGACACCACCUUCUUUAAAAUGAUGACUGAUUUGGAUGCCCAGCCGGUUCUCUUUAUCCCGGAUGUGCACUUUGGAAACUUACAGAGGGCAGGCCAGGUAUUUGCAUUUAAUACAGAGGAAAUUGAACGAGAGGGAAGUGUUCUGGUGAAGAGGAUGUUCCGGCCAUCUGAGGAUGACUUCUGCCCACCCCCUCAUAAACAGCUAAGAGAGGAGACACAGAAGAGAGUGCUCUUGUAUGUGAGGAAAGAGUCAGAUGAAGUGUUUGAUGCUCUGAUGCUGCGGACGCCCACUCUCAGAGGACUCAUGGAUGCAAUUUCUGAGAAGUAUGGUGUUCCCAUUGACAGAAUGGCCAAGAUUUACAAGAAGAGCAAGAAAGGGAUCCUGGUGAACAUGGAUGACAAUAUCAUCGAGCACUACUCUAAUGAGGACACAUUUAUCCUGAGUAUCGAGAACUACGCAGAUGCAUACAAAAUCACAUUAACGGAAAUAUGAACUUCUUCCCAUGUGUUUCUAACAUUCAGUAUGUUUAAGCUAAAAGACUUGUUACUUGGACUCCAACCUGGUCAAAUUCAUCGUCAGCUGUCCACAAAUUGAAUCGGAAAAAGCUGAUAUACCUCAUUUUUAAGAGACCUCAAGUAUGAUUUUUAAACAGUCAAAAGGAGUUUCAGUGCGUCCCAAACGUGUCCAUGAUUUCAAUGUUCUACUGUGGAUGAAAAGACUUUUACUAGUUGAAUUUUAAUGACCAAAGUACAGACUAUUUCACAUUUCACUUGAUUUUGGAAACCAACAACAGUUUCUCACCUGAAUUUCAACUCUACCUUCCACAGAAUUUCGCUAAAAUACAUUUGCAUGCAGCAAGAAUUUGGGACUUUUCUGUGGAAUUUGAGACUCUGCAGAGCUAUUGAUCUGUGAAAAGUGUCCAAUACUGUAAAUAGUUUUUUCCAUUUGUUUAUUAUGUUGACAUUAAUAUUAUUGUUAUUUUUAGCCUGGUAGAUAUCAUUUAGGUUCUUACUGUCUGAAUAUUCACAAACAUAUUUUCUGAUGCACAAAGACAGCUAUUUUUUUAACUCUGCCACAAAUUUUUGUAUGCUUAAUGGUGCAAAACAGGAAAUAUGAAUGAAUAAUGUGUACAAUACUGCAUUAUCAGAAGUCUUCAAAUAUAUAGCUCAGAUACAUUUCAGCCAUGUUUUACGUAUUCUACUCAUUGUUUUAAAGGGAUAGUUCACCCAAAAAUGAAAAUUAUACAUAAUUUACUCACCCUCAAGCCAUCCUAGGUGUAUAUGACUUUCUUCUUUCAGCCAAACACAAUCAGAGUUAUAUUAAAAAUAUCUUGGCUCUUCUAAGCUUUAUAAUUGGAGCGAUUGGAGGAUGAGAUUUUGAAUCCAUCGAUCAUAAAACAUACUCCACAUGGCUCUGGGGGUUAAUAAAGGCCUUCUGAAGCGAAUCGAUGCAUUUGUGUAAGACAAAUAUCCUUAUUUAAAAACUUUAUAAAGUAAAAUAACGAGCUUCGGGCAUGACAGCCAUAUGCAUUCGACUUAUGUCUAAAAAGUGUUAACUUCCAUGACGUAGUACAAAAUGCUAUGACAUUCUACGCUACACCAUGACGUACUACCCUAUGUCCUAUGUUAUAAUGUGUAGUAUGUACAUGCGUCAUGUCAUUGUGUACUACGUCACGGAAGAUAACGCUUUUUAGAGUUUUUUAUAAACUAUAAAGUUUUAAAUAGGGCUAUUUGUCUUACACAAACACAUCGAUUCGCUUUAUUAAUCCCCCAGAGCCACGUGGAGUACGUUUUAUGAUCGAUGGAUGCACUCUUUUUGGGCUUCAAAAUCUCAUGGCUGUCGCGCCGGAAGCUCUUUUUGGGUGAACUAUUCCUUUAAUGUGGAAAUAUUUUUUUUAGAGGUUCCAUUUAUUUCAACUGCAAGAGAUUUCAUUACUUUUUUUGAGGUUUGAACAUCUUCACAUAACCAGCCAAGGCCUUUCUCUAACUAUUCAGUCUUACAGUCUGGUUCAUUUUUAGUGUUUGUGUAUAGUGUGACAGGUUCAUAUUAACUAUGUAGUCCAGAUUCAGUCAAUCAGUGCCAUGAUGAGCUGUUUAUGUUAAUGUUUGAAUAUCAUUGUCUUCCAAAAGAAAAUGAUGUAAAAGGGCACUUCAGCAAAUAAUAAUUUGUAUGUAAAUAAAUGCAUUUUUAUCAAG